GCAUUUGCUAAAGCUGUUCGAGAAUAUAAGGGUGUAUUAAUCAUGGACACAACAUGGAGAGAUGCUCAUCAGAGCUUGUUGGCAACUAGAGUCAGAACUAUCGAUCUCUUGAAUAUUGCUCCUCAAACAGCUCACGCGCUUGCAAAUGCUUACUCUCUUGAAAUGUGGGGUGGUGCGACUUUUGAUGUAUCUAUGAGAUUUUUAUAUGAGGAUCCUUGGGACCGUUUGAUGAAAUUACGCAAAAUGGUUCCAAACAUUCCUUUCCAAAUGUUACUUCGUGGUGCAAAUGCUGUGGGUUAUACUUCAUACCCGGAUAAUGUUGUAUAUGAUUUUUGUAGAAAGGCCAAGGAGUAUGGUGUGGACAUUUUCCGUAUCUUUGAUUCUCUCAAUUAUAUUGAAAAUAUGAAGUUAGGCAUUGAUGCUGUUAGAAAGGCUGGUGGUGUAAUAGAAGCUGCAAUUUGUUAUACGGGUGAUGUCUCCAAUCCAAAGAAGACAAAAUAUGAUUUAGAUUAUUAUUUAAAUUUCACCCAAGAGUUAGUUAAUGAAGGAAUUCAUGUACUCGGUAUUAAGGACAUGGCUGGUUUAUUGAAACCAGAAGCUGCUGAAAUCUUGAUCGGUAGCAUAAGGAAAAGAUGGCCUGAUUUACCAAUCCAUGUUCAUACUCACGAUACAGCAGGAACUGGCGUUGCCAGUAUGUUAGCUGCUGCUAAAGCAGGUGCUGAUGUAGUUGAUUUGGCCAUUGAUAGUAAGUAUAAUAUCUUAUAG